AUGGCCUGGAAGACCCAAAAUGCCAAGUUCAGCAUGGAAGAUUGGCGCGGAGGCUACGGCAGCUCCCACACCCUCAGGGCCUUCCUCAUCCACGAUACCACAACCCCGGCUGCCUACCCAGCGCAAGCUCACAGACACACCACCCAAUCAUGGAAGGCAUGGCCUCAGCGUUGCUUCCAGCAAAGACACUUUGGCGGCAUUGCGCGACGGCCGGGUUCUGAACCAGCCAGACCCCCGCUUGUCGACGUCACCCAAUCGAAUGAUUUGCGGGGUAAUCAAACCAGCCGCCAGAGGUGGGAAAGAGCGACGGGACGUUUGACUCUCACCUGCACCUGCACCUGCGCACUUGCACUUUUGACUUCCAUUGCACUUGCGAAUGGUAGGAAGGAGCUGGGCUGCAGAUGGAAGGAUUUUAGCAGGGACUCAACACGGGAAAGAAUGGGUCCUCUUCACGUUCUCCGGGUCUCUGUUUCUCUGUCUCUGUUUGCUGAUCUUUUUGGGACGCAUUGGGCCGUAAUUAUCCCAUCGUUUCCUAUCUGCAUUUCCUGUCUUGCUUUUUGCCAUCUUUGCACAUCUUCUAUCCUCCUCUCUUCCUCCUUCGUGUCCUCCCCCUUGCCCCCUCCCCUCCCCCCUCGGUCUUGCAUCAGAACCGACCAUCUGCGACUCAGAGACAUUCUUCCACCUCGCCCGCAGUUCACCACGCAUACGGUUGCACUCAGCGUAUACCAAGCUCAAUGCAGUCUACCUUCUGGACCACCAAGCACACACGCGGACAAUAGACAGACGUCCCAUCUCGCGUGCCAUCGCAUGCUUGCUCUCGCCACUUUGGGCCGUCUGUUGACCACCAUGGGCCCAUCCGCAGGCACCAUCAUCUGCCCAUCAUGUACAAGUACCAAACUUUUGUCUGCGGGAGCCAUACUCGUUCAGACUACCAACCUUGAUCACAGACCUGUUGUUACUCGACAAGCUCAAAGCCUAUAUUCUCCUCCUCUGAACCCAAGACCAAGACCCUGGAGGUCUAGGCUGCUUUGGAAGCUUUCCGAUGCAAAAGUUGCCAAAGACGGUCACAUCGAAAUUCCCAAUUCCCUCCUCUUCCGACCACAUUUUCAACCCGUAGUACCUACGCUCGUGUCUCUUCGACCAACACGAGCAGCUGUCGUGUCACCAUCCGGUCCUCCAUCAGUCACGUUUGCAAGUACUGCCCCGGAUAGACAAACCAUCCGUGAGCGACUUGCACACUGCUUCAAUUGCCCUCCGCCGCUUGAACCAGGAUGCAUUUCAGGCGGCACGCAGGAUCUCAGCGACGAGAGAUUGGCGAAGCAGCCUGUAUCCAACUCCGUACCUUACGGAUACAAUGUCUUCUUCAACUCGUUGAUGCACCACACCCGGCUACUCGAGUCAAUAAAGUGGCCGAAGCAACGAAGCAAAGAGGAGAACAUGUUUCUUUCGACGCAACUUCACGACUCGCUACAUCCUCUGUCUAUGCACGCCUGUAUCCCACGUCGAAACUCGAAGAAGAACUCUAGCACCGCACCUGGUAUAUCGUGGCACACAUAUUGGAACGUUUAUCUUCUCUUUCUUCUGUUGAUGCUCGACCUAGAUCCCACCCCUCCCGAGCCCAUCAUCCCUCCCCAAGCCAACCAGAACACCGCCGACCUCCCCGAACCCUGGUUUGACCAACCCCUCUGUUCAACACUUGCCCAGACUAUCCACAUCCGCAGCUCCCUUCCUGACUCGUUCCUGGGAUUCCCAUCCGUCUUCGUCUUCAACAACGCUUGA